GACACAGCAGCCAGGGUGGCGCGUGUCCUUAUACACAUGCACCCCGCCAGCGACCAGAACUAAACAAUAGAUAGUCUUUUUGUUGUCUGUUUUUUAGUAGCUAGCUAAUAUUUAUCAUUUUUGCUACCAUGUCGGUGGGUUUGGAGUCUGGAUUCUCGAGCGAGGAGGUCUUAAACAGCCGCUUCCCUCUCCAUCGGGCAUGCAGGGAUGGAGAUGUCGGUGCCUUGUGCUCCCUCCUUCAGUGCACCUCAAACCCGGCUGACCUGACGGUGGAGGACACCUUCUACGGCUGGACGCCCAUACACUGGGCCGCUCAUUUCGGAAAGCUGGAGUGUGUGAUGCGUCUGGUUCAGGUGGGCUGUGGUGUGAAUGCAGUGACCUCCAGGUUUGCACAGACGCCCACUCACAUUGCUGCUUUUGGGGGCCACCCUGAGUGCUUGUUAUGGCUACUCCAAGCUGGUGCAGACAUUAACAGACAGGACUAUGUGGGCGAGUCGCCCAUCCACAAGGCUGCUCGUGCGGGCAGUCUGGAGUGUAUCAACGCUCUCUUGAUUCAGGGAGCGAAAGCUGAUAUGAGGAAUGCCAGUGGGCUGACUGCUGCUGACCUGGCCCACGCCCAGGGAUUCCAGGAGUGUGCUGAGAUUCUCUCCAAUGCCCAGAACUUCCAACAAAACAUGGCUCAGUCCCAUAACGGGGCUUUUCUGAAUGGCAUGACCCAGAAUGGGGGCCACGCUCGCCCCACUAUCCAGGGACGCAGCUUCUUGAAUGGCGUGCCCAACAGAAAGAGGUCGUUCGAUGGCAUGGAAGCAAACACAGUGAAGAAGGCUAGACCUAACGGUCUGGGUAUGCCACCAGAAUUGCUGAAUGGGAAUGGGCCACUGGGUGGUGCUGGAGAGGCCCAUAUGGAAAGCAUGAGCAUGGAGUUGGCAGCGACUGUAACCUCAGUGCCAGGUGAGGAUUUUACCUUAAAGGGUAACAAUCAACCACAGCUUCCAUUUGGGUGUGACCAAGCAGCAGAUCUCUUCCACAGCCAACUCAUCUGCAGUGAUUCAUCUGAGAACAACAGCACUGCAGGCAGCCAAGUGGAGCACCAGAAGUCCGUGAAAGCAGAGCAGUUGUAUGACCAUGCCUUCUUCACCACCAUGCUUCUUUACCAUGGAUCCUAAGUUACAAAAAAAUCUAGCUGAAAGGCCGUCCUUUUUUUGUCUGAAUGUCAUAUAGGCCUAAACAAGCAUUUAUUUGCCUUAAAACCAUUGACUGGUCCAGUUAUUCAUAAAAAGUAUUUGUUUUGUAAAGGGCAGGCCCAUUAAUGCGGAUGGACUGAAAUGUGUAGCUGA